GCCUUUCACCCUUGAAAGAGGCAACUGUCUCUCUUUCCUUCUAUCUCUCUCUCUCUCUCUCUCUCUCUCUCUGUCUCUCUCUCUUCACUGUUUAGUACUAUUCACCCUACGUUCAAAGAGCCAUAGCAAUGCCUCGGAGCAGCGACAAGGCUGCGACUUUCUUUUCAGCAACUCUCCUUCUAUGGUUGGUUUCUGUUUCCUUCGAAAUCGUGUUCAACAAGCGGAGAGAGCUCCUUUUCAUCGUUGCUGGUGCUUGCUUUUACCAAAUAGCCAAUUGGGUUAUUAGAGUUUGUGUCUCUCGUGACCCUCUCUUUGUUAAUACCUCUGUCUCUCUCCUUCACUCCUCAAUAACUUCAACUUCAGUCGUUUUCAUUUUGGUUAAUCAGUGGUUCAGAACUGGUUUCAAGAUGAUGUUUGAUCAUACACAACUUGUUGAGGGAACUUGGCCUUGGGCAUACCAGGCUCUGUGCUUCUCAUGUGGUUACUUUGCAUAUGAUCAGUGGGAUAUGCUGCAUUACCGACUAUAUACUGGUUUUAUCCCUGCCAUUCUAAUGCAUCACCUGAUACUCCUUAUUUGCUUUACUCUUGCAUUGUAUCGACAUAUCACCAUCAACUACCUUAUUCUCACUCUUAGUUGUGAGCUGCAUUCUGUCUUUCUACAUGUAAGGAAAGUGAGACGGAUGGCUGGUAUUCGUGAUGCUAAGAGUAGAAUUGUGAAGGUAGAAUGGAUUCUUAAUUGGAUCAUGUUUGUUUUCGCAAGGCUUAUAUCUCACAUUCUGAUAACAGUAAAACUAAUCAAAGAUGCUCCCAAGUUUGAAAAUGGUGUUGAAUGGCCACUUGCCCUGUUUGGAAUGGCCGGAAUGAAUUUGCUUAAUGCUUUUCUUGGCAUCGACCUCUUCAAUGCUUUCAAGAAAGAGAAAAAACCCCUGCAGCAUUAUCAGUGACGAGGUGAAUGACUGACAGAAAGACUUUGCUAAAUCUUAAACUCAACUUUUUUUUUCAUUGAUUUCGCACAGGAAGACAUUUCCGACAUUUCCAGUUUGGAAUGUGGUAAAUUGUUGUUAACCUGAUGCAUAUAUCUCUGUAAAUUAUGUACAAGGGAAAAUAUGAUUUGUUUUCCACUUUUUUUUUUUUUCUGAAAGAUUGUUUUCCACGUUCGUAUAUCUGAAUAUGUUUGAAAGACUAAAAAUCUAGUUACAGAUGUUUUUAUCAGGCUGUUCUCUACAUACUUAUUUCAGUUGUCUUUGGCUUGUAUUUGCAAACUACUUUUCAAGUUACAGUAAUUUUUAUCCCUUUAAUUUUAGGUGAGAUUAUUAGUCAUUAAAUGCAUUAUGGGGGGAGAAAGAUGAAGUGUUUCAUUGAAAGUUUGAAAUGCCUGAUUCUUGCAGCAGAGAAAAAGGAAAAUGAUCACUCAAAAAAAAAAAAAAGAAAAGAAAAGAAAGAAAGAAAAGAGAAGGGUAACACUUUGAUUGAAGCUUGAAGAAAUCUUAUGAUGAACAAAAGAACGGAAAACUGGGAUUUAGAAGAAAAGAGAGGGAACCAAAUAGAGUAAUAAAUUUUAGAAGGUCCCACCGGGAGUCGAACCCAGGUCGCUGGAUUCAAAGUCCAGAGUGCUAACCACUACACCAUGGAACCUUGGUGUAAGUAA